AGCUGCUGUGAUCUUGAAAAGUACUAUUCCGAGCAGGUUGCUGCACUAAGGCAAAAAUACGCAAAUAAAUAUGAGAUUCGAGUUGUUUACAUUUGUGCUGGUGUUAUUGGUGUGUGUUGCGGAAAUUUGUUCCGGAUAUUCAAGGCCUUUUGCGGAGGCUUUUAGCGGUUAUCAAGGGGUCGGCAGCUAUUACGGUAAUAAUCAGGGCUACUACGGCGGCCCUCACAGUGCAGGCGCUUACUAUGGACGUGAUAGGCGUGGUAGCAAUCGUCGUUCCGGUCGAACGUACAGUGACAUUGCGCGUGUUGUAAAUCCACAACCGUAUGCCUUUGUUGGUGCGAGACCUUUUCCUGGACAACCUUUUAACCCCAUUGGAUAGCCGUGGACAUGAAGUUUAAAUUAAGGGAUUUUGUGAUGUGAUAUGAAAAAUAAAUAUUUUAGUAAUAAUAAAAAGUGCAUAAAAAAGUAGAAGAAACAAAAACGCAG